GCUUGCUUCGCCAGAAGAGAAGAUACAUAAAUACACUGCGAAAUGCCAUUCAAACCAGAAGAAUUCGCAAAAGACUUGGCUGUCGGAGGAACAGCAGCAGCAAUCUCAAAAACCUUGGUCGCUCCAAUCGAACGAGUGAAACUACUUCUGCAAGUUCAACAUGUUUCAACACAAAUAUCAGCUGAUGCGAGGUACAAAGGUAUUACCGACGCGUUUGUUAGAAUUCCAAAGGAACAGGGUUUUCUGUCAUUCUGGAGAGGAAAUCUCGCGAAUGUGAUUCGCUACUUUCCGACUCAAGCUCUGAACUUUGCCUUCAAAGACACGUAUAAGAAGAUCUUUCUUGCAGGAGUUGACAAGAAAACACAAUUUGGUAAAUAUUUUCUAGGUAACCUCGCUUCAGGUGGAGCAGCUGGUGCAACUGGUCUUUGUUUUGUAUAUCCUCUUGAUUUUGCCAGAACAAGAUUAGCCGCUGAUAUCGGUAAAGGAAACUCUAGGCAGUUUACCGGACUUGGAAAUUGUUUGGCGACGAUUGCAAAGCGAGAUGGUGCAAGAGGCCUUUACCAAGGGUUUUUUGUUUCAAUUCAAGGAAUCAUUGUUUAUAGAGCAGCCUAUUUCGGUACUUACGACACGGCGAAGGGAAUGCUACCGGAUCCCAAGAACACACCCAUAGUUGUUAGCUGGAUUAUUGCGCAAAUUGUAACAACUGGCGCCGGUAUCAUGUCUUAUCCAUUUGAUACCGUCCGUCGACGCAUGAUGAUGCAAUCUGGAAGAGCAAUGGAGGAUCGUAUGUAUAAAGGAACUGCUGAUUGCUGGCGUAAAAUCUACAAAACCGAGGGAGGAAAAGCGUUCUUUAAAGGUGCCUUCUCCAAUGUACUUCGUGGCACUGGCGGUGCAUUAGUACUUGUCCUUUACGACGAGUUGAAAAGAGUUUUGUUUGGCACAUCAGUGCAUUCUUAAAAUUACAGGACUGUUGCAUGUACCUUAUAUUGUAGUUUUGGUUGGUAAUAUUCAAAUUUUAUCUAUGAUUAUAUGUAUUAGAUUAUAUGUAAUUACCAUGUAUGUUCACAUUAAUUACACUGAUAUUGAUUUAAACGUGAUAUUUUAAAAUAUAAUGAAUAAAAUAUUGAUUUCGGGCGUA